CCCCCCCUCUCUUUGCCCAACCAACUAGAAUUCUUGGAAGUAUACCUUGUACUCUCGUUCCCUCUGCCCAAUCUCCAAGAGAUGGAGAAAGUAAGAAUCCAUCUUUGUCAAGCCUACUGUGAUACUACCCAGCCAAAACAACUCUGUUUCCGUUUACUAGGUGUGAAUGUAUGCUUCGUUUUACAUUGGUCAAUGAAUUUGUGCCAUUGUAGACCAUGAUGCUGCUAACAUAUUCCUUUAUAGUUUAGUUCGAGUAAGGGUGUAGAAUACGAGUAGAUGGACAAUAAGGGGUCAAUCUUUCUUUUUUUGAUGUGAGGGGAUGGGAUGCAUUUGGAGUUGUAGGGUCUAAAUUUCAUCCUUUUUAAUGAAUAAAUUUCUGAAAUUGGAAAAUUUUCAGAAUGAUUUUUUCUUUUCUCCCUAACCCUUGUCUUCAAAAAACACAUUAUUAAGUUUGUCCAGACAAUAUUGUUUUUCAAGCAACAUGAAUCUUUGUGGUUCCUUUUGUGGUUUUUGUUUGUGUUGAAUGAUAUGUUUUCUGUUUUGAAGUACUUUUGAAUUGUUACACCUCAGUUUCAUAAUUUUCAAUUGUACUUUGUGGACAUUGAUUUGUUAACUAGUAACCUUUGCUGCAGUAUUGAAUGUGAUGUUGAGCAAUGCAGUGAUAAGUGAUGGCAAUGGCUGUUGAUAUUUAUAUUUCCUGUAUAAGAUAGUCUUAGAGGCCAUUGUAGCAGAUUAGUUUGAUGCUUGGAAAUAUGCCUCAAAUGUAAGAGCUUAGUUAGGUUUUGGAUUGUCGAUCCAUACAUGAUUCUAUCUAAUAUAGCUUUUAGACUGCCAUUCCAUAUGUGAUUCUAAAUAGAGCAGUUUUCUUCUGUACAUUCUGCUUUGUAAUUCAUGAUAGCAGCCUGCUUAUAGAAUUGAGACCUUGAUUUUGGAACUAUUUCUCUUCCUAAGUCUGAGGAUUGCAAGGUGAAUACAACAUCAUUCGAUACCGCAAUGUCAUUAAGUGGCUCCCACCUAGUGCUGUUGCAAUAUGAUGACGUCUUCUAGCAUCUACAGCUACCUGAAGAUUUCCCAGUGGAGGAAGCCGCAGGUCACAAAGUUGCAACUUGCAAGUUCUCGCUAAUGGACAGCCUUCAGUUGAUUCCUAAACGCCCAAGGUCAGCUGUGUUAGAUGAUAACAGUGAGCUUAACUCCUUGAGUGAACUUCCUGAUGAUAUUCUUAUAGACAUACUAGAUAAACUUCCAAUGGAAGAUGCAAUGACUACCUCUUUUUUAUCGAAAAGGUGGAAGGACCUAUGGAAGUAUAAGAGUAACAUUGAAUUAGGUAAUGACUGGGUCAGUAAAACUGGUAAAGAUGUCCUUCCUUCGCUUCAAAGAAUUCUUUGUUAUCUCAAAGAGCAAAAACUCCAUUGUUUGAGUGUGUCUAUUCGAUAUUGCCCUUCUAUGUUAACUGAUAUGGAGUUACUGUUUACAUAUGCUAGUAUAAAAAAUGCAAAAGAGAUAUAUAUUGAUUUCAAUGCUAGGAGUGACAGCAAAAUAAGGCAGCGAAGACGUUGUCCUUAUUUCUUUCUAACUGAAUGUGAGGAUUGCGUGUGCUCUUCAUUGGUUAAAUUGAGUCUGAAGUCAGUGCAAUUGGAUACUCUUCCUGCACGCUUUGUUGCUUUGAGGGAACUUUUUCUUGAGAGAGUGAUACUGGGCGAUUACUUUGUGGAGAUUGUUACUACUAAUUGUCCGUCUCUUUCUCUGCUCUGUCUUUGCAAUUGCAACCCAAAAGUAAACCUGGAAAUUGUUAUUGCUGCUACUGCUAAUCUCCUUCAGUUGAUAAUAAGGGAGGAAAUCACAGAGGUAGCAAACACAACGGAGUUGUCUAUCAGAGCUGAAAAUGUGAAAGUUAUUGAAUUUGUGUUAGCUUUGCCCAGAAAAGGAUAUAAAAUAGAAGGAGCUCUAGUUUGUUCUGAGGUAAGAUUCAGAUUGAAUCAGAUGCAUCAAAGCCGUCAAGCAAUGAGAGUCUCUGGUUUAGGAAUCAAGGGGAAAUUUACUGAUAAUUUUGUGGGGCUUCUCGAGAAAUUCAAAGCUGCUGAAACAAUUACAUUGAGUAGCUGGUGCAUUCAGGUUCUAUCAAUAGAACUUAUCGUCCGGAGGAAAUGUCCUCUAAGCUUUGAUCUCAGGCAUCUCACCUUGGAGACAGGACUGGAAUUAUGGGAGUUUCUAGGAAUAACCUACCUGCUUUUGAGCGCUAGGAAACUUGAGAGUCUUGUGGUGGUCAUGGGAGAUACAGCAGAAAUAAGUUGCAACCAUCCGGCGACAUUGAUGAGUAGUGUGGGGUAUAAUGUUUUUGACCAGGGUUUGCCAGCCUUAAAAACAGUUGAGUUCAAAAACUUUUCUGGUAAUUAUGAAUCGUGGGAAGCAGACAACUUCGACCUGGACAAAUUUUUUCGGAAUUACAGCUCUGGAGAUUUUCUAGUGUGGAAUCUCAUGCAUUUCACAGUUAAUCUGAAGAAGAUAGUAUUUACUACAAGAGAAAAGUCCUUCGAGCUCAACCAAUUUGAAAAGUAUCGACUGAUGCCUAAAUUAAGUCAAGCAUCAUAAUCGUGCAUCGCUCAACCAUACUUCUGUGCUGUUGGAAGUAUACUUACUGCUUAAUUGUCUUUAUGUUACACAGGUGGUCGAAUCUUCGACAUAAACUUUCUAGUUAUCUUAUUUAUGUUAUACAGGGGUAGAUUCUUCUACUAGUACAUUCUAGUCGAUUAAUCUCGUUUUCUUAGUCUUAUGUCUUGAAUUUGUUGUAUUGGCCGAAUGCUGGCAACUCUUUUGAUCUGAGUUUCAUGUCGAACUGUAGAACUCGUGAAAACUCGGUUUACCAGUGGCUGUUUUGGUUUUCUGAAUUGAUAUAUCUCAAAUUUCUGUUCUGUAA